CCACGGCAUCAGCGACGAGAAAGUCAAUACUGAUAACAGGUAAGGCAAGAUACGAUUGUGUCCUACUCGUCACCCAUGCUUCGUACUGCCACCGCGGUGUACGGGUUCCGCGUGAGCGCCGUUGCCAUCUGCGACCAUGCCGGAGCCCAUCACUCUGGCAACGACGUUCCUUCCUGAUCUGAGUGAACUUUUCUCGCUGCAGGACCCUGCAAUAUCAAUCGAAAGCUCCACCAGACCGGUUUCUGCAUCAACAGCUGCCUUGGUUAAUCAGUCUGCUUCCAAAUUAGCCCCCACUUCAACUCCGCCAGCUUCUCUUCUGAAGCUGCUGCUCGACUUUCCACCGUCACACACCACCUACCACCAUCCUGCCAUCCACCAACACCGCUUAGUCGGUGACGGCGGCUGGCCAUUAGCUACUUCCAAGCGUUCAAGGUACGCUUCUAAACCAUUAACAAAGUUCGGCGGUCACCAUAUCGGCGCCGCCGCUCAUUUACAGCUCACUGACACUUAUGCAGCUUCACAGACUUUCCACGGUUUCUUCGACAACUACAUUCAGCAAGGUUUGAGCACGCUCGCACGAGCCGUAUCGAUUGCUACCGCAGUCCGUACACACAAAGGUAACACUUAUUGCAUUGCUUUGUUCCCACAGGUUUGUGCGGCAGGCAGCGGCAGCAUCUUUUCAGCGGGCAAGCUGAGACGUGACAACCGUCCUUACCACCAAGCGUUCUUUGACGAGUGAGAACCAUCAUGGACGGUUCAGGCGGUUACGAUUUUGCGAAGGUGGACAAAGGUCGCGAUACGUCUCAGCACGGCGUUAUUGGCGGCGAGCGUGAGGCGAUGAAGGCCAACCGUGUCAAUUCGGGAAAGCCUUCGGGCACGUAAGUCACUCUUGCGCUCUCCGUCCUUGCAGCUUACUGACUGAUCGCAGUCUUUCUUCCCUUUUCGGGCUCGACGGCACUGCCAUGGAGCGUGGCGACAGCGCGCGGGUUGUGUCCAGUAUGUGGGCUGUUUACCCUCACUCCACGCUUGGCAAGCUAAUCUUGGCAGGUACUACCGGGUCGGCUGCUUUGGGCGGCGAAGUCUUCCGCAA